AUGUCGUACAACGUUUCUAAUAUUGGUGGACAAUCUACCGAAAAAUCCUCAUGGUAUGACGCUAUUUUUGUUUCUAUUAACCCAAACUCUACUACUGAAAGCUUGCGAAACCUUCACAAUAUAGCUUUACUUACACACAUUGGAGAACUACCCCCAUCCGAGGUCUAUACCGUAAAUACUACAGUAACAGUCCCUCAGGAGUUUGAAGGAAAUGAAACAUUCUUCUAUGUGUACCCGGAUUAUGAAAUUCAAACUUUAUCAGAAAACCAAACCUUUGAGAUUGAUAACGCCAUAUCCUCGUUAGAACAUGUAUUUUAUGUUCCUCCAAGAAAGCCAUGUGUAAAUUUGAACGCACAAAUUUUGUCCAGAAUUAAUCCCCAAAACGGAGGUGAGCCAAUGAAAUUACGUUUAAAUAUAACAAACAAUGGUACUUGUGACAUAAAUAAAAGAUUUUUCGUCGCCAUUUAUCUAAGUAAAGAUGUCAACUAUGAUAUGUUUGAAAGGAAAAUUAAAACACUCAGAGUAGAUGAACCUAUUUUGGCAAACGGCACAAUAUCUACUGAGGCAAAGAUAGAUCUUCCUUUUAUACAUGAAACGCAGGAUUAUUCCUUGGUAAUUCAAGUGGAUUCUCGAACCGAAAUUAUUGAAAUAAAUGAAGAUGACAAUAUUGCUAUAACAUUUCUUAUCAUACAAAAAAAUCUCAGGACCGAUAUUGCUGUAUCAAAUGUAACUGCACCAGUGGAAGUAGACUAUGGAAAGAAUAUCACUUUAAGUUGGUCAGUUUAUAAUGAUGGCGCUGAAACUGCACGAGGAUACAAAUGUGACAAUGUGUAUUUUUCCCAGGACCUACAAUGGGAUAUAAGUGAUUAUCAGUUCGGUGAAACACAAUGUAAAUCGUUUGCUAUAAAAUCAAAGAAAAAUGUUUCUCAUGGGAUAAUUAAUACAUACACAGCUCAACUUCCUCCUCUGGCUGCAAGAUCAUACAGAACAAUCGUUAAAGUAAGAACAAAUUUAGAAGACUAUAAUCCGAAAAACAACAUUGCAGUUUCCAUAAACAGUACGAAUAUAACAUUUCCUCUAUGUGCUCUAGGGGAGAAUCUAACAUUUAAUAUUGCCCCUGGCGAAUCAAUGGUUAUACGCAUACCAGACGUACCUGCAGAUCGUUCCCUUCUUGUCAAAACUAGAAGCCAGAUGAGUGUCAUAUUUCACGAAGUUUUUAUAAAACUUGGAUCUGCGCCAAGUGACUAUAAUUUUGACAGCACAGUCCUUGACCCGUAUCUAACCAGUCAAGAAAUAUCGAUUCAGAAUACACGAGAAGGAGAUUACUACAUUUUAGUGAAAUCACACGAAUCUGAUCUCCAAAAUGCAUCCACUUCGAUUACGUUAGAAGCUAAAAUUGCAAAAUUUGAAAUUUUAAACUUUUAUCCAAAAUAUGUAGCAUUGCUAGGGAACGUGACCCUAAAAAUAUAUGGCACCCUUCUCCCAGAGGACUUUACGGCUUUUCUUUACAACGAAACUUUCCAACUUCAGUGUCAAAAACAAUACUGGUUUUCGUCCUCUAUGGUGGCGGCCACAUUUGACUCAAGAACUUUACAAAUCAACUCAAGCUACAGAUUGAAUUUAACUGACGGUGAAUCAAAACAGACAGUCUCACUACCGAUUGCUUUGACUGUUGUUAAAGGAAUAGCUGGAAAGGUUGUAACUAAAAUAUCAGUGCCUGGUCCACUACAAGUUGAUGAGAUAGGAGAAAUAAAGAUAGAUUAUGAAAAUGUAGGUCAAACUGAUGCUACUUCUCAGAUAUUUCGAAUACGAGCAGAAGGAAAUGGCCAGCUAAUGUUAGUAAACAACAAACAAAGCAACCGCUGGACUAAUAGUAUUACAGUAAUUGGGGGAUCAUCAGACGGGCCUGGAGGAAUACUUUCACCUUCAGAGACCGGUCGGUUAUCCAUUAAAGUAAAGUCUGAGAGUACAGGAGUCCAAAUUACCCUUGCAAAGAUUCUUGAAACAGAUGGAUCAACACAUUCGUACCUGAAUAUGAAAAACACUUUAAGACCUAAAUAUUAUGAUAGAAGUGAUUGGGAUCGGGUGUGGGAAAAUUUUAUUCAACUUGUGGGAAAAUCAUGGUUUUCACUGCAAAACAAGGUGUCCGAAAUCAGAAAUGAAAUGUCUUUGGUAGAGCAGCAGCAACUUUCAUUCAAUGAAAUCAUGCAGCAAAUUAUCGAUAUUGCAGAUGGUGUCGGCGAAAAGCAUUACAUGGCUGAAUUUUCCGACUUUGCAAAUUUUGGAUCAGUAGGGAAAACUUUAUUAGAUACCGUUCGUGCCUACCCUCGUAAAAUAGGUUUAAGAGGUGUCGAUGGUGCUUUUGGAAUAGGAUGGAUAGCCCCAAUUUGGGAAUGCUAUCUGGAAGGUAUGGAUGAGGUGGUGGCACUUUUGAACUGGAAAAGAGAAGAAAUUGUAUUUACGGCAUAUACAUAUGGGAUAUAUUCCAAUGAAGAUAUAGGAAAUCUUACCAUGAUUAGUGAAGAUUUGGUUUCUUUUUUGGAUCCAAAAACUAAAGAUGUGUAUCGUUUUAAUGUCACAACUGGAAACGUUUCUUCUAUAGUGAGGCAAAAUGUUAAGAUAAAUCUUUUCUAUGACAACCUACGGACUUUAACAAGAAUCACAUAUGGUGGAAAUACGUUGGAUUUUACUUAUAAUGAGAAUUCAAAAAUUGAAGCAAUAAAUAGGAGGGAACAAUCAGGAAAUUUUGGAACUUGUUUGUACUCCUACACAGAGAAAAACUUCCUUUCUACUGUAAAAUGUGGGAGACAUGUUACAUCCUAUCUAUACAACGAAAAAGGUCAUUUAAUAAGAAUCACUGAAAGUUCUGGGUUAUUUUACGCAAUACGAUAUUCGAGUGACGGCCGUUUGAAUUCAGUGGACAAGUAUGUAAAUGAACGGCUCAUUUCUCGUACAGUAUACAAUGAUUACUUGAAUGGAAGAAUUGAUGCUUGGACCAUGCCACAAAAUAGUACAGAAUCGUACUGGAUAACAACUCAAGGUCAUAUAGCUGGCUUAAAAAAGAACUUCUUUCCUAUUCGUAAAUUUCAACGUCAUAAAGAUACAGAUGAAAUCAUUGAAGGGGAUUUGAUUAUUGAACGUAGAAUUUCGUAUGAUAAUAUUCACGAAAUACAAGAUGGCAAUGGAAAUAGUGUUUUCUUUCAAGAGGAUGAGAAUGGAAAUAUUGUGAGCUACGCUGAUGCUGAUUUGAAUGCAUACUAUAUCGUACGAUCCUUUAGAGGUUAUGUAUUCAUGAUGACGUAUCCAGACAAAUCCAAUGAAACUUUCGUCUAUGCUAACAAAUCGUUAGUUCAUAAGGAUCAAAGUGGACGAAAAAUGGCUUACCACUUCGAUGAAACAGAGAAACUAGCAUUUCGCUAUACAGAGGAUAGAGGUUUCCUUCAUUUUCAAUAUAAUGAAAUUGGUCGGAUAAUAUCCGUACAAAAUCAAGAUACAUCUACCUCACUUUCUUAUAAUGAAAAUGGACGCAUCGCAGAAUUAAGGUCUGAAGAAGACACAAUUCAUCAAACAUACGAUAAUCAAAAUCUUCUGAAAAGGUUAAGGAUCUCUGGAGAGCCGUAUGACAUUGAUUAUUCGUAUAAUGAUUAUGGACAGAUUAUGUAUGUAACAAACAGGGCAGAUGAUCAGAUGCUAAUAAGAAUGACGUACGAUACCAAUGGGAUGAUUAAACAAAAGACUCUUGGUAACAAUGCGAAAACGGUUUUCACAUACUAUGAAAGGAAAAAAUUGCUUAGAACAUUAUCAAAUUAUUACCCAAAUGGGACAAUCUCUUCUAAAUUCCAAUAUAGCUACGACCGGAAAGGAAGACUGUCUUCAAUGACAACGACACAAGGAAAUUGGUCAUUUUCUUAUGACUUAACUGGACAAUUAGUGUUCAUCAAGAAUCCAAUGAAUUUAACGACAAGCAUUGUGUACGAUCAAUGUAAAAAUCGUGUCACUGUCUCGCAAAAUGGAAAAACAGACAAUUAUCAACGAAAUGAAUUAAACCAGUACAUUUCUAUCGAUGACUUAGAUAUUGAAUAUGAUAGGAAUGGCAACUUGAUAAAGAAAGGAAAUUUUUCCCUGGAUUUUAACGAGGACAACCGGUUAUCACGUUUUAAUACAACAUCUAACAACUGCACACUUCACUACAGCGGUUUUGGGCAUAUUAGAAGGAAAAUAUGCAGAUACAAUAUGGAAAUUUACUCUACAGAUUCAUUUGGUCGAAUAUUGAAACAGAAACAUUCUCAAAGAGGGUCAACUGAAUAUCAUGUAUACGAAUCUAAAAUAGGACUGCUUGCAACAAAGAGAGAUGGAGAAUAUUAUUACUACCAGUAUGAUGGUUUUGG